GCGCGAGGUUCGUCAAUCACCGCGCAUUGCCAUGGCAACAGGUUUUAUGAACCCAGCCUCCGGUUGCCAUGGCGCCGCCAGGAGCUGACAUCGCUCUCCGAAGCAGAAGUUGCCCACCAAGUCUGCUGGGAAAUGUUGUCCGGGAGUCUCCGCACGGUCCGACCGGCUUGGUGAUGGUCUAACUUUCUCGCAGGGUUUCAGGUUGACCUGGAACCUCGAGGUGCGAAGGUUUGAUCCAUGGUGUCAGGCGGCCCCCGAAAUCGACUCAGCGGACGGGGGUGACUUCUGACGGGCCAUCCCUUUAAUAAACAUCACUCCACAAACCCCGUGUUUUCCUCGCAGCUGCAUGAGCACAGCGCGGGCGGAGGUCAUCCCCAUUUGCCGAUGAGGAAACGGAGGCUUACAGAAGCACAGGGACAUGUUAAGGUGACAUAGCAAAUAAGCGAGAGCAGGCUCCCGGUCCAGUGCUCUUUGGGCCUUUAUAGAUGCCACUAAAACUACCCCAUCACCUCCCAGCCCCACCUGAAUCAGGGCGCUGAGGCCUAAAGCCCCACGCAGGAGAUGGUGGGGCAUUGCGUGGAGUGAUAAGUUGGGCUCAGAGGAUGGAGCUGAAGGUGCUACCUGGGGGCUGAGUCACAGGUGAAGGCAGGAACCAGGUGAAGGAAGGCUGCCCUGUGGGACUAGGCUGGGAGGGGAAGUAAAUAAUAAGGCCAGAGUGAGGAGCCAGAUCUGAGGGAGAUUGUGUGGGACAGUGGGCAUCAAAGUGAUGGGCUGGCAUUGGGCAUUGGGGGGACAUCCAGUGGUGCCAAUGCCCAGAAGGUGAGUGGUAUAGGUACCACCCACCUCUGAAUGGGAGGGGUGCAGGCCAGGUGUGAGGUAGCACGUGUAGAACAAGGGUAGGAUUUAGGGGAAGUGCUUUCUAGGCCCAAAAAGCAGCUUUUGCUUGGAGAAGACUACUACAAGGGACCUUUCGUGGACACAGUUGGAGAGGAGAACAAGAACGAGGGUAGCUUCAGUGUCCAGGGGUGUCUGGCAUAUGACCUGUCUCUCUGUGCCUCAGUUUCCUGAUCUGCCUUCCACAUCUGAGAAUCGACCAGUGCAACAUACAGUAACAUUCACUGCCACUGUCUGUCCUUAUCCCAGGGCCCUCAUUCCAUUCCUCCCCCAGGGGUGGACACUGGCCUCAGAGAUCCCUCCCCAUCCUCCCAAUGAGGCCUGCUGCACUGGGGCCCCCGGGCCACACACCCCUGGAGGACGAAGGGCCCAUCACAAUGAAGCUGGAGGACUCUGAGGAGGAGAGCGAGGCUGCUCCGUGGGACCCCAGCCCUGAGGCCGCACGCCUGCGAUUCCGGCAUUUCCGCUACCAGGAGAUGGCAGGGCCCCAUGAGGCCCUGGCCCAGCUGCGCGUGCUGUGCCGGCAGUGGCUGCGGCCCGAGGCACGCUCCAAGGAGCAGAUGAUGGAGCUGCUGGUGCUGGAACAGUUCCUGGGCUCGCUGCCCCUGGAGAUCCAGGCCCAUGUGCGGGGGCAGUGGCCCAGCAGCCCAGAGGAGGCUGUGGCUCUUGUUGAGGGGAUGCACCGAGAGCAGGGAGGCCCGCGGAGAUGGGUUACAGUCCAACUACAGGGCCAGGAGGUGCUAUCAGAGAAGAUGGAGCCCUCCAACUUCCAGCCCCAGACUCAAGAGCCUGGGCCUGAGAUAACCCCUGGAGCCAUGCCGGAGUCACCUCUGGGCUUUCAGGUGAAAGAGGAGCCGGAGGUCACAGAAGACCCAGUGCUCCUGGAGUCCAAGCCCCUUGCAGCCUCCCAGAAAGCCAUGCCUGUCCUCCUGCCUGAGCAGUCCCAGGGCUCUGAGAUAGUGCUGGGCCAGGCCUCUCCCCACAGUGAGGCCGGACCUGAGGGGCCUUCGUGGAGGGAACACCCAGGGGCCCUGUGGCAGGAAGAAGCUGGGGGCAUCUUCUCCCCAGGGUUUGCUCUUCGGAUGGACGGUGUCCCCACAGGUCCAAUCACUGUAAGCCCCCAUCUCGACGUCCCCUGGGACCUUGGAGUGGCCAGCCUCACAGGCCAGAUCCAGUCACCCUCCCCCGAAGGCGGCCUCACACAUGCGCUUAUGCUCCCUAGUGACCCAGGAGGUGAGCAGGAGUCAGGGGGCAAGGACUCCAGCCAGGAUGCCGGACCCCCACCGGCCACUGCCCGCUGGCGGGCCCCCAAGGGCCGCAGCCGGGGCCGCCCCAGCACCGGCGCCGGCACAGUGCGGGACGGACGCUGUGAGGUGUGCGGCAAGGUGUUCAGCCAGCGCAGCAAUUUGCUGCGGCACCAGAAGAUCCACACAGGCGAGCGGCCGUUCGUGUGCGGUGAGUGCGGCCGCAGCUUCAGCCGCAGCUCACACCUGCUGCGCCACCAGCUCACGCACACCGAGGAGCGGCCGUUCGUAUGCAGCGACUGCGGUCGGGGCUUCGUGCGCAGCGCACGCCUGGAGGAGCACCGGCGCGUGCACACGGGCGAGCAGCCCUUCUGCUGCACGGAGUGUGGCCAGAGCUUCCGGCAGCGCUCCAACCUGCUGCAGCAUCAGCGCAUCCACGGCGACCCCCCAGGCCCCGGCGCCGCGCCCCCUGCACCGCCCAGCGCGCCUGAGCCCCCAGGCCCCUUCCCCUGCAGCGAAUGCCGUGAGAGCUUCACGCGGCGCGCCGUGUUGCUAGAGCACCAGGCGGUUCACACAGGCGACAAGUCCUUCGGCUGCGUGGAGUGCGGCGAGCGCUUCGGCCGCCGCUCGGUGCUGCUGCAGCACCGGCGGGUGCAUAGCAGCGACCGGCCCUUCGCCUGCGCCGAGUGCGGCCAGAGCUUCCGGCAGCGCUCCAACCUCACACAGCACAGGCGCAUCCACACCGGUGAGCGGCCCUUCACCUGCGCGGAGUGCGGCAAGGCUUUCCGCCAGCGACCCACGCUCACACAGCACCUGCGCGUUCACACGGGCGAGAAGCCCUUUGCCUGCCCCGAGUGCGGCCAGCGCUUCAGCCAGCGCCUCAAGCUCACGCGCCACCAGCGGACACACACCGGGGAGAAGCCCUACCACUGCAGCGAGUGUGGCAUGGGCUUCACACAGGUCUCCCGGCUCACCGAGCACCAGCGAAUCCACACGGGAGAGCGGCCCUUUGCCUGCCCUGAGUGUGGCCAGAGCUUCCGACAGCACGCCAACCUAACGCAGCACCGGCGCAUCCACACGGGCGAGCGACCUUAUGCGUGCCCCGAGUGCGGCAAGGCCUUCCGUCAGCGGCCCACACUCACACAGCACUUGCGUACCCACUGUCGUGAGAAGCCCUUUGCCUGCCAGGACUGUGGCCGCCGCUUCCACCAGAGUACCAAGUUCAUCCAGCACCAGCGUGUCCACAGUGCAGAGUAACCCAGCCCAGCAAGCAGGGCUUGCCUCUCUGCGCAUCAGUUCUUCCUCUGUCCAUGGGGCAGAACACCUCCCUCACAGGAUUGCUGUGAGGCCAGCUGUCGCAUGGGUACAAGUAUAGGCAUGAGCUGGCCAGCCCAGUGCCCGGCCCCAGUAGGUGCUCAAUAAAGCCAAAAGAAAAUUGGGUCCUCUCCACCCACAUGGUUCCUCUGAAGGCCACAGCCCCUGAAAAGGUGGAGAUGGCUCCUACUGUCACCUUCCCCAACCUGCGUAGACACCCCUGGUACCAGGGCCCCACCUGCAGUUCUAGCUUAGGAAGGGUGAAUAGCCCAGAAAUAGUGGUGUAGACAGGAAGUGGCAGAGCAGUCCAGCUUCAGCUCUGCCUAGACACCAGCCCUGUCUCCGAAACCCACAGAAGAGGAAAUGUAGCAUGUGAGCACCUGCAGAGAGUCCGCCACUUCUGGCCUUCAUCAGUCUUGGUCCAGUCAGGAGACAAGCUACAAGAAGUGUUUUAACAGGGAAUUUCAUAUGAAGAAUACCAGGUAUUAGCUUAUUGAUGGGAAACUGAAAAGGGUUAAAAAAAAAAAAAAAACAACUAAGCUGUUGUGGAGGUAGGAACUACAGGGAGCAGCUGCACUCCUAGGGCUGGAAGAACAAAGGAAAGUAUUGUAACUUAGAACCUUCGAUGAGUUCUUCAUGGAGCUCAAACUCAGGUCCUUGAGGAGGAGGAGGCACCAUGGGCUUAGGAUGAGACCCUUGAGGAGGGGGCACUGGUGUGUCUCUAAGGAGUCUGAUGAACCUGGUUCUGGGAAGUGUGGAAACAACCUGGCACCAACUCAUGUCUCUGGAAGGACCUGCUGCAGCCAGGGGGAAAAGGUACUGCUGGCUGCCUAACGGGGGGAUGAAGUACCUUCUCCUUUUCUAUGCCCUGUAGUGCCCAGACCCUAACAAGGAACUGCUGGCCAAGAGGGGUGUGUUUGUGGGGCCCCCGCCCUGUGCUGUGACGCCAAGGUGGGCAGAUCUGGAGCACAAACGAGGGAACUUAACAGGCAGUCCAGUAUUGAAGCCAGGGGACACUGGGGAAGUUCCAGCCAUGUUGACCUCACAUCUGAGCUCUUUGAGACCUCUGAGGCCCCAUCUUCACCCCAGCACUCAGUCUUAGAAAUGAUGGUUGCGUACUGAGCCUGGGACAAUCAGAGGACUAAAGGCUGGGUUGAGAGGCAUCAGCCUGGAAGUGCCCUGAAGCCCUGGGGGUGGGGAAAUAGACCUUUGGGGGACAACUUAGGCGGCUCCGGACAGCUUUGGGACUCAGCAUGGAUAACAGAGGAGAAAGGCCUUCAGGGGAGAGCGACAGAAGAGGCAGGUGGGAUCAGACCAAGGGCCCAAAGUGGCCAAGAGGUGCCCAGGCACACAUAGGACAGGGCCUCCGAGUAGGUGGGGGCGGGAAUAGCAAAAGUCCGAGAAAGUGGGGGCGACUCCACCGAGGUGAGGACAGGGAGUCGGUGUGGAUGCCAGGCCAGGGUUAAGGAGUGUGGGGGCAGCUCCCGAGGUGAGGAUAGACAGCAGGGGAGGGGUCCGUGAGCACACCAUUCGACCACACCAUUCCCCCUCGCCCCCUCGCCCGGGAUUGCCCGCGCUAGGUCUCCCACAAUGCUCCCGUCGGCGACGUCGCGUCGCGACGGUGACGCACUCCCGAAGCUGCCUUCGGACUCUUGAAGAGCUGAGCGGUCCAGCCUCGGCCACCCACCCCGCCCGGCUCCCAGCACCGGCAUAGCCUCGCGGCGCGUCUAACCCCCUAAACGGUUUUCUCGGUGAGCCCGCGGUUGCCGUGGUGACGGCCGGAUGUAGCAGAAUCUCCUGGCACCAUUUCCUCCCGGAAACCC